AUGGCUAACUCAUUCACUCUUCUCAGAACCAAACCUCGUCUCUCUCCUUACCUCUUCACCGUCUUAGCUUUCAUUCUCUUGGCCGCUGUCAUCCUCAACACACAUGAUUUCCUCUUCAUCUUCCAUCCCAACGCCGACACACAGGCAGUACUCGCUGAGUUGACUCGGUCCAACGCUGUUCAAACGGAGGAAAGUGCGUGUGAUGUUUUCAGUGGGAGAUGGGUUCGAGACGAGUUGACUCGCCCAUUGUAUGAAGAAUCGGAGUGUCCGUAUAUACAACCGCAGUUGACUUGUCAAGAGCAUGGGCGGCCGGAUAAAGAGUAUAGGCGGUUACGGUGGCAGCCUGACGGUUGCGAUGUUCCCAAAUUCAAUGCCAGUUUAAUGCUAGAUACACUUCGCGGGAAGAGGAUGAUGUUUGUUGGAGACUCACUCAACCGAGGUCAGUAUGUCUCUUUUAUAUGCCUUCUCCAUCAACUCAUUCCCCAACAUGCUAAAUCUAUGGAAACCUUUGAUUCACUCACUGUCUUCACAGCCAAGGAAUACAAUGCUACAAUUGAGUUCUAUUGGGCACCUUUUCUUCUUGAAUCAAACUCCGAUAACGCUGUCAUCCAUAGGGUAACUGAUAGGAUUGUCAGAAAAGGUUCAAUCAAUACGCACGGUCGUUUUUGGAAAGGCGCAGACAUUUUGGUAUUCAACACCUACCUUUGGUGGAUAACUGGUUCCAACAUGAAGAUAUUGCUUGGUUCUUUUAAGGAUGAAGUAAAAGAGAUUGUUGAGAUGUCAACAGAGGACGCCUAUCGAAUGGCUAUGAAAAGUAUGCUUAGAUGGAUGAGAAGGAACAUGGAUCCCAACAAGACUAGAGUCUUCUUCACCAGCAUGUCACCUUCUCAUGGAAAGAGCAUAGAAUGGGGAGGGGAACCAGGAGGAAACUGCUACAAUGAAACAACUCCAAUUGAGGAUCCCUCAUACUGGGGAUCUGAUUCACUGAAAAGCAUAAUGCAAGUGAUUGGAGAAGAGUUCAGAAAAUCCAAAGUUCCUGUAACAUUUCUCAACAUUACUCAGCUUUCCAGCUACCGCAAAGAUGCGCAUACAUCAAUCUACAAAAAGCAAUGGAAUCCAUUGAGUCAAGAGCAAUUAGCCAACCCUUCUAGCUAUGCUGAUUGUUCACAUUGGUGUUUACCUGGACUUCAAGAUACUUGGAAUGAGCUUCUCUUUGCCAAAUUAUUUGAUCAUUGA